UGCUCAUCUCCCAGCAUUCACCCAAGAAGCUAUUCCAACAAGAUGACAAAAGCGUAGUCAUUUACCUCACAGAGAGAACCAAAAUAUUCAGCCACCCGCCGACUGCACUUGAAGUCCAUCUUGCUGAGAAGGGCCACCUCGAUGCUUUUGUCUGAGAGCCAAGAGAAAAGAGCAGAGAAGGAAAGAUUCCUCGCUGAAUGUUUCCCUCAGCCAAAGACCUCAGACCUGUCAGUCCAACAACUCCAGGAACUGUGUAAAGAGCUACACAGAAAGAUUGAUGUCACAGAUGAAGCUCGAUAUGAUAUUGCGUUGAAGGUGGACAAAAAUGCAAGCGAGAUUGAGUCACUGAGACAGAAGAUUGCCUCAUUGAAGGGGGUCCGGCGUCCCAGCUUAAAGAGGGUGAAGAAAAAUACAGAAAACUUGCUGGGCGCAUACUCCGACCCCUCCAAACUCAUGAAGGCUGAUUUCAAGGCCAACCUUAAGACAGUGAAGAAAGAAGACGAAAAACGGGAAGAAGUGAUUGACUGGCGUAAGAAUGUGGAGGCCAUGUCCGGCAUGGAGGGCAGGAAGAAGCUGUUUAACUCUGGACAAUAGUUAAAUUCGUCACCAUAAUUGGUUUGGGGCAUUAUUUUGAAUGGUGAAUGUGCUUUUUACCGGUUCAGAGAACUGUGAUUAAAACAUUACAACCAUU